AAUAAAUAAUAGAAUAAUUAAUUAACAUCGUCCAUUUUACCAUUAGAUUUUCGUUAGAUACUAUAAUUUUAUGGAUGUUAUACGAUGUACAUACAAAAGUGGUUGGCCACACUGGAUAAUCAGACGCCGCUCGUCAAAGAACAUUUCACCACCGACGCUGUUGCUGGUUUUUCUCUGUCAUCUAUGUUCGAAAACUGAUAAUCGCGACAGUGAAAAUCAUCAACGCAGCUAUAGUCCUUAGUUUACCGCUCGGUGCUCAGCUAAACUCAACAUGCCUAAUGUGUCAGUUGCCAAUGCCGCCGCUAUCACCAAAAACAUAAACACGGACACAGCUACUAAUACCGUCACCGCAAUAACGACCAUCACUGAUACAGAUGCUACUACAGUCAAUAUGUCUUCUCCGAAGGAAACUAUUAUCAAAACGUUAACAGAGCGGAAUUCUGCAUAUGAUGAUUUUGAAUGUGAUGCACAGGAACAACAGCAGGCUGACUUGCAAAAACCAAGUACUUCUGAUGAACUUCAAUUACCAAUCCUUUCUGUUUAUACAUUAUCCAGAAUUUGUACCAUUGAUCUUACUGAUGAUGAUGAUAACAACACUUAUAAUAGACCUCCUGCUCCUUUACCUGUUUUUUCAAUACAAGAAAUUGUAUCCACAUCAAAAGAAAUUCCACCGCCACCAAAAUUGAGUGUAUUACAAAAUCAAAAACAUAAAGUGGUACAGCUUACUUGGAAUAUGGAUCUAAAUGAGACACAUGCUGAAAUUAUUUUUUAUCAAAUAUUUAUUUAUGAAGAAGUAUCUUCAGAUCAUCCUAGUAGUGAUCUAUGGAAUGUGAUUGGAAAUCUUAAUGCUCUCCCGUUACCAAUGGCUUGCUUAGUAUCUAAUAUUCUCAAUGGUGAAAAUUAUCACUUUGCAAUAAGAGCUAUGGAUGUUUUCUAUCGUUUUGGGCCAUUUAGUUCACCAGUCUCUAUAACUAUAUCAUUUUAA